AUGAGUCUGACCACGUUUCUUCUGAUGCCACUUGGACGUAUCACGAGGUAUCCACUGCUUAUCGAGAAAAUCCUCAAGGAAAGCGAUCCGCGGGGUGACUUAUAUCAGGACUUGGACACCGCUCUUCAACUUCUUCGUGCUUGUGUCUCUGAAGUGAAUCAUGCUGUGACCGAAGAAGAGAAUGUAUUCCUUCUACGUUGGGCACAAUCCCAUGUGAAAUGUCCUCCAUCAUUGGGACUCGACUUCACCUCUGAUACACGCCUUUUGGGUCCACGCUCAUUUCUUCACUCUGGUGUGCUAUACAAACAACGUAGUGGACGUCUUUUAGUAGCGAUUCUAUUCAACGAUUUCCUUCUGUUGACUACAUCGGACGAUCACAUAUCGCAGGUAAUUUGA